GCGGUUUGACACGUAAGACACACGCACCGUUUUCCUUUACGCUCGUCUUUAGAUGAUAUAUAAAUGAGUAAUCUUUGACAGAUCGAACAUUGUCACGUGUUUUUCUUAAUCCUAAUUGUAGAUACGUGCUCAAUUUACGAAGAACCAAGAAAAUGGGUGCAAUAACCGAGCAACCGUGCUAUACUCUGAUAAACAUCCCGACCGACACGGAGCCCCUGAAUGAGCUCCAGCUGAAGCAGGAUCUUGAGAAAGGAAAUGUUCAGACGAAAAUCGACGCACUUAAGAAAACCAUUCACAUGAUCUUGAGCGGUGAAAGAUUACCGGGACUGCUAAUGACGAUCAUUAGAUUCGUUCUACCUCUGCAGAAUCACACUAUCAAGAAGCUGUUGUUGAUAUUCUGGGAGAUUGUGCCAAAAACUUCUGCCGAUGGCAAGCUCCUGCAGGAGAUGAUCCUGGUAUGCGAUGCGUAUAGGAAAGAUUUGCAACAUCCUAAUGAAUUUGUCAGGGGAUCUACUCUCAGAUUUUUGUGCAAACUGAAGGAACCAGAACUUCUCGAGCCACUGAUGCCAGCAAUAAUUGCUUGUCUAGAGCAUAGACACUCUUAUGUCAGACGCAACGCAGUGCUUGCUAUUUUCACUAUUUAUAGAAACUUUGAAUUUCUUAUACCAGAUGCUCCAGAAUUGAUAGCAAAGUAUUUAGAAGGGGAGCAGGAUAUGUCGUGCAGAAGAAACGCAUUCCUGAUGUUGUUACAUGCUGAUCAGAGUAGAGCUCUUGCUUAUUUAGCUGCAUGCCUUGAUCAAGUGCCUAGUUUUGGCGAUAUACUACAGUUGGUUAUUGUUGAAUUGAUAUAUAAGGUUUGUCUUGCAAAUCCAUCAGAAAGGGCACGUUUUAUCAGAUGUAUUUAUAGUUUGCUAAAUUCACCUAGUGCCGCAGUACGUUACGAAGCAGCCGGCACAUUGGUAACUCUUUCCAGUGCGCCAACCGCAAUCAAAGCCGCAGCCUCCUGCUAUAUCGAAUUGGUUGUUAAAGAAAGUGAUAACAAUGUCAAGCUCAUUGUACUUGAUCGACUAAUUGCAAUGAAAGAUAGUCCUGUUUAUGAAAGAGUACUUCAAGAUCUUGUGAUGGAUGUACUUCGUGUCUUAGGAUCACCAGCUUUAGAAGUCAGAACUAAGACCUUAGCCCUGGCUAUGGAUUUGGUCACAACUCGUACGAUCGAGGAAAUGGUUCAACUUUUAAAGAAGGAAGUUCUCAGGACAGCUGGUGGAGAGCAUGAGGAUGCUGGCAGAUACCGUCAACUCUUGGUACGAACCCUCCACGCUUGCUCCAUGAAGUUCGCGGAUGUUGCUGCCACCGUUAUUCCUGUAUUGACAGAUUUUCUGUCGGAGAGUAACGAAGCGGCCGCUACAGAUGUUCUUGUAUUUGUUCGUGAAGCCAUUCAGAGAUUCGAGAAUCUUAGACCGUUAAUCGUCGAGAAACUUUUAGAGGUAUUUCCUCACAUACGAUCCGUAAAAGUGCACAGAGCCGCGCUUUGGAUUCUCGGUGAAUACGCCACAUCGAAGGAGGAUAUAGAAGCCGUGAUGGGCCGCGUACGUGCAGCAUUAGGCGAAUUGCCAUUGCUUGAGGCAGAAAAUAAACGUCAAGCCGGUGAAAAGUCUGAAGAUGGUAACUCACAAGCUGCACCAACGCAACUUGUCACAUCUGAUGGAACAUAUGCGACUCAAAGUGCUUUCAGUGCUACAUCUGCACGAAAAAAGGAGGAGAAGCGACCAGCGUUAGUGCAAUAUAUGAUGGACGGCGACUUUUUCAUCGGCGCGUCUUUGGCUACUACAUUGGCAAAGUUAGCGUUACGUUAUAAGACGCUUGAAACUAACAUCCAAAAGAGCAACAGAUUACAGGCAGAAGCGAUGCUCAUAAUGUCCAGUAUGCUACAGCUAGGUCGUUCAGGUCUUCCCAUUAAAGCAAUGACGCACGAUGAUGCGGAAAGGAUCUCCUUGUGCCUUAGAUCGCUCGCUUGUCCAACACCACUUGUACAAAAAGUUUUCACCGAGGGAUGUCGCGAUGCUCUUGGCAGAAUGUUGACUGCGAAAGCGGAAGAGGACUCGCAAAAUCAAAAGGCUAAGGAGAAACCGGGCAGCAUCGUCCAAGUCGAUGACGCGAUUCAAUUCUUACAGUUGAGUCGGGGAUCCGAUUUGGCCGGUGGUGCCGGCGAUGUAUUCGAGCAAAGUCUCAGUGCAGCUGUCGUAGGACGACCCGGUGCUAGCGGAGAUGCACCAGCACCAAGCGUCUUGAGUAAAGUCACUCAGCUCACCGGUUUCUCGGAUCCAGUCUACGCGGAAGCCUUGGUCCAUGUCAACCAAUACGACAUUGUGCUUGAUGUACUGAUAGUCAAUCAAACGGAAGACACUCUGCAGAAUUGCACCUUGGAACUGGCCACUAUGGGCGAUCUGAAGUUAGUAGAGAGACCGCAACCCAUCGUACUCGCACCGAGGGAUUUCGCCAGUAUCAAGGCGAACGUGAAGGUCGCAUCUACGGAAAACGGAAUUAUAUUUGGAAAUAUCGUUUAUGAUGUAUCAGGAGCGGGUUCCGACAGAAGCGUUGUUGUUCUCAACGAUAUACACAUCGACAUCAUGGAUUACAUAGUACCCGCGACGUGUACCGACGCGGAAUUCCGCCAGAUGUGGGCCGAAUUUGAGUGGGAGAAUAAAGUGUCGGUCAACACGACUCUAUCUGAUUUGAGAGAGUAUCUUGCUCAUUUGUUGAAGUCCACAAAUAUGCGUUGUCUCACGCCGGAAAAGGCUCUCUCGGGACAAUGUGGAUUUAUGGCGGCGAAUAUGUAUGCUAAAUCGAUAUUCGGUGAGGACGCCUUGGCAAAUUUGUCUAUCGAAAAACCAUUGAAUAAACCCGACGCACCAGUGGUUGGUCAUAUUCGUAUCAGGGCCAAGAGCCAAGGCAUGGCCCUGUCGCUGGGUGAUAAGAUCAAUUCGGCGCAGAAAGGCCCGCAAACUAAGGUCGUUCAAGCUGCUUGAAAUACAUCAUUUCGAUUAAAUUCUUUGGAUAUCUUUUUUGGUGUAUUAUUUCGCAAACAAAUGGAUUUAUUAGAUUCGCUCGUAUCGCAAUUAUAUUAAAAUGCGCAUUGUACAAUAUACGUGCGCAUUAAUUUCAUAUCAUGUUUAACUGUAUUACAUUUCCUGCCGACACACUAUUGUCAUAGCAUGCUAUAUAAAUGGAUAUAAAUACUACAUAAUAGGAUAUAUUCAUAUAUAUAUAUAUAUAGUCUUAAGGAAAUAAAUAUACGCAAUACUUUAUCUAUAUAAACUUCGUUUCUUUAAAUCUUUUUUGACAUAGUUAUAUGGAACAAUGCAUCUCUGUAACUUUUUAAAUAAAAUAAUUCUUAAC